CAAAAAUUCUAGGUGACACUCUCUAAGCAACUCUACACGUGUCAUCUUCAAGCAAGUCCUUCUCCCACACCCUUUUCAGAGUUGAGUUUACAAGCUGACUUUCCUUCCCCAUUUUCUCCUUGCAAGAACCACAGAACUGCUGUAACCUUCCCCGUUUUCUCCCAGUUUGUCAGUAAAGUCAAGGAGCACGAAUUCGACAAAUUGGGGGAAUUGGAAACUUUUGAAAUUCAAAUUGAAUCUCUUUUAUCUCUCUCCAUAUUUGUUUUCAAAUUCUGGAUCUCUCUCAAAAUUAUUUUCCUCUUCGUGCUCCGGAAACGAAACUCUACCCUCUUCUCUGUUGUCCCCUCAAUUUCGGCAUUCACCUCACCUUCCUUCUCUGCUACCGGUGGCGCUAGAUCAUCAACGGCCGUGCAUACCUUCCUUGCACCGCCACCGCAACGAAACUCUCCCUCUCUCACUCCCAGCCGCUCUCUCUCUCUCUCUCUCUCCCUCUGCAGAUGUCCAGAUCUCGCGCGUCCCACCCUGUGCCAUUGUUCCUCCGUUGCGCCGCCUCUAAGCCUCGCCUCCUCCACUUGCAAACCCUCCAGCCAACGCCUCCUUCAUCUUGUGUUUCGAAGCCACACACAUCAACUUUCAAACCUCGGUGCUUCGGAAAAAUCCAUCGGGUAUUGGUAUUACCUUGUGCUGAGACAGAAGCUUUGAGGGUUCUUUGUGAAUUUUUUAUUUUAGAGCUUUUGAUUUCUAUCUGGGGCCUGGAGUUUGGAGAGCUUGAUAGGUGAAGAUGCUAACAUAUGGAGAAUCCAGAAUUCACUUGAAGAGGGGCUUUUCCAUCGGAUCGAGAUGCACAGAUUGAAAGCAUUUUGACAGAACAUUGCACAUCGAUGAACUCUUACAUGUGAUAUGGACGGAUCUCUAGCCUUUUCAUGGAUCACGAACAUGGAACUUUGAGCUCCAUCAGAUAUGGUCGGUUCAUGCUUCCUAAAUCUGGGUUUUGUUGAAAUGAGGGCCUGAAGAUCUGUAUAUCUCAAGACUGAGAGAUCAAAGAUGAUAUAUCUAAAGGAGGAGAAAAAACAUGAAGAGAGGAAAGCUCAGGCUCUGUUUGAGGUCAACUUGGAGAUCGACAAAGCAAUUAGAGUGCGCAAAGUAGUGUUUUAUUUGAAAUCUUGGUAUGUACAUAGUUACCAAAGCUAUUUGUGGAACCAUGCAGCAAGUACAAGGGUGCCAAAAUAUGGAUGGGGAACUAAUGAGGAUCUGAUCAUAUCGAUCUUGGGUCAUCGGAAUGCUGCUCAAAGGAAGCCUAUCAGGGAAACUUAUGCUAAAACUUAUGGAGAAGAUCUUCUCAAGGCCUUGGACAAAGAGCUGACCAGUGACUUUGAGGUGCAUAAAAGUAGGCUGGUUCACGUUUGGGCCCUUGAUUCCGCUAAACGUGAUGCAUUUUUGGCAAACGAAGCAACUGAGAGAUGGACUUCAAGCAAUCAGGUGUUGGGAGCCUGCACUAGGUCCUCUGAGACAUUGUUUGCUACGAGAAAGGCUUAUCAUGCUCUUCAUAAGAAGUCUCUUGAGGAGGAUGUUGCUCAUCAUACAACAGAGGACUUCUGUAAGUGGAUCAACUGAUAGAAACAUAAGCAUUUGGAAGAGAGAUGCUUUUGGGUGAAAGAAUUAGAUCUGAAAGCAAUGUUAGUGCAGCAUGUUGACACCACUGACUCUACUAUGCUGCCAGCUGAAGAAUCACAAAAGUGGUUGAGCAUAAACUUUUAUUUUUCCUUUUCUCAACAAGUUUAUGUUGCUAGGUUCAUAUGAAAUGCUAUUGGGAGAGGAAAUGUCAGAGCCGAGAUAGAGAGGGAAUUGGAAGCUCCACUAGAAUAAUAGAAUUUUGAGAUCACGUUUCUUGGAACAACUUCGCUGUGAGGAUUUUUUUUCUAAGUAUUUUGUAGUGAGCUUAUGUUUGCUCAUUUAUCAAACAAUCUGUUGGUUUGUAGAUUUGUUGUCUCUGAAUUGCAUGUCCAGCUUUUUGUUGAACGCUUUGUGGUUUUAGUUCAAUGCAGAGAAUGUUCGGUGUCU